AUGCCGACGACCAGGAAGCGAAGUCUGUCCCCUGCAGCGGCCAUACUGCCUCCACCGAAACGACGUGAAUUCUUGUUGAACACAAAGCCUCCGGAUCCUGACAAGACAGGACUAGAGAGGCUCUACGACGAACUCAUUGUCCACAUAUUCUCCUACCUCUCCUAUGCCGACCUGUGCGCAGCUCAGGCAGCCAGCAGGAACUGGUACCGGCUGGCGUCAGAUAAUCACAUAUGGAAGUCACUCUACCUGAGUGCUUUCGGACGGACGAGACUGCGCGGGGCGAGGGGAUUCGUGGAUAGAACGGAUGGGCGGGUGGUUAGACCGUUACCUGGGCGAGCCAAGGGUCACGAAGAUACCAAGGACUGGAAAUGGAUGUUCAGAAUCAGCUCAAAUUGGAGGAGAGGACGGUGCAAUGUUGAGCAAUUGCAUGAGCCGGUCGAGGGCGACACGGCCAAUAGCGAGGAUAACUGCCAUGUUCUACUCGCUGGCCCGCUCAUCAUAUCUGCGUCUGCUCAGAUAACCUCCUCGCCUGUUAUCUGCAUCUACAAGCCAGCUGUAAAUGCGGAUAACACUCCUACCACCACCCUCUCCUGCCCCUCUGCUCAUAAUUUACCCUGUUCCGUGACGACGCUAGCCCUUGACCAGUCACAUCCACGGGCAAGCAACACUCUCAAGGUUGUUGCAUUCCUCUCCAGCGGGGAAUUCCUGGUCUUCGAUAUAAAUCAUGAAGACCCGGCCAAGUCCACCCGGAAGCUUCUAUACGUCCCAACUCAUCGACCGGGGCAGCAUAGGCUAGCCGACCGUACUUCACCUAUUGUCCAGGCUGUAUACCACCAUCCCCUACUGAUCAGUCUGUCGAAGACCUUUCAGCUCAGUAUAUAUGACUUAUCGAACAACGGCGCGCAACACAUGCAAACGCUGUCGUCAUAUACAUCGUAUCCACCGACUUCCUUCGUGUUAUCCACGCCGACACCGACAACAUACAAACUGGUGAUGGCAUAUGCAAUACCCGUAUACCCCUCUCACUGGACCGUAGGUGCGACGGAGCUCAUUAUUGCAGCCCAUUCACCAUCGCGGUCGUCCCUUUCUGAAUCGUCCGAGCCACCGUCGCCUUCCUCGGUGUUCGGCCCCGGGCCCCUUUCUUCCCCUCUCACUGUCGUUUCUUCACGUACGGCGCGCGCUCUAGACGUUCCUCCAGGUUUCAUCGACGACAAUAAAUUACGCCUUAUGCGGGAACAAUGGGGCCGCAAAGUCGCUCACGUUGCAGACACCCAAACUGAUGGCAAGUGGCUGGUACUUGCUCCCGCACCGCGGGAGAUGUCUUCCGAUACACACCACCGCAUCGCGAGUGCGAGCGCAACUCCGCCUCUUCGUUCGUCCACGACACUCCAACUCUACCGACUUAGUUUGCCGUCAGCCCCGGCUAGGCCUCACUCAACUGGUCAAUCCAAAAUCACAUUUGUUCGCUACUUAGAAGGUCAGACGUCUCCUGUCUGUGCGCUUGCGUUAGCAGACGGUAGAUGUGUGAGUUUGGGCAUGAAUGGGAGCAUUUGGGUAUGGGAUCUUGAGAACGGAACUGGAGCUGAAGUAGCAGCACCCACUUCCAUCCCUUAUCAUCUUGGAUGGGAAGCAAGGCCUGGUAGCGUAGUGUUCGACGACAGACGCAUAAUCACAGCUGACCGUGACGGAAUUGUAGUUCGUAGAUUCGAUAUUUAA